AUGCCGACAAAGCCCCAAACACCGGGGAGGGGCCAAGCGCGGACCGAAACAACAUACAAUCCCCCAAACGAUGAUUCGGGCUCGGGAGCAGAGGCUCCGGCCCGCAGGCGCCUGCAGAAAUCAGCCUCGACCAACUUUUCCUCGAACAAUACCAAUUUUGACACCACAAAUGGGGUCGCCGGACCGCGCGCAGGUGGGAUGAAUAGGAGAAGACUUUCAAUUCGUGACCAAAGGGUUCCUCAGGGCCCACGACCGCAGGACACUUCGCGAUGGAGUAAACCUAGCCCAUACCCUCACUCUGGGAACUCGUCUGUUGAUUCUACGCUUGACUCGACUAAAAGCUUUAACCUUCGAUCUACGAGCGUGGGCAACCUGUCAAAGGCUGAUUCCAAGCAUGCGGAUAACGUGGAAUUUUUGGCGCCAGUCAACUUUGAUGAUUUCCAUAACAGCAUCAUGGGUGAGCCCAGCUUGAACCAGUUCCCUAUGCCUGGGAACAGCAGUUCGGGUGAGAAUCGUGAAACGGCCCCUCUAACCAAUCCCUGGGAAAACCACACCUAUGCGGGCAAUGUAUCGGAACGUACACGGGGUCCUUCCGCUCGACGGAAGAGUGAAGUGCAACGUCCAAAUGGUACGAAUGGUGCGAAUGGCGCUACAGGGCUCACAGCAUCCUCCGCCAAUACCCGCGCUCGCCGCCAGAGUAUAGCCCAGCCAUCUACUGGAAGUGCUUCAAGGGGACCUCGCAAAUCUAUCAGCUCUGGGGCAUUCGCGCCUACCAAUGCUUCGGCUAGGCGCGCCAGUCUAAGUGCCCGCAAAAUCAGCACUGACACUGCCUCAACAAGCAACUUGCUUCGCCCUCGACUUCCGGAGUCUGAUGCGAAGGUUCCGUCUUCUGUUCGAAACCUCAAGGCAAAAUCAUUCCAGCCCAGCCCAAGGGAACCCCGUGGUCAGUUUCUCACUACCUCUGGGGUCGUUGACCACACACGAUCGAAUUCCACCAACGCCGUGCGGACCCCGGUAAGAAACCCUUCUGGCGCCGUGGCGACACCUUCCUCUGCAUCUAAGCGGGCUUCUGUUAUGCCGCCACAUGCCACUGGACUUGGUGCUCGAACGAUCAGUCCUACUGACGCACGACGACUAAAGCGAAUGUCGAUUGCGCCUCCUGCCCCUCCAAUGCCACAUACACCUCCCACCCAGACAGAACCUAUGCCCAUCCGUCCUCUAUCAUCAACACAAUCACCCUCUCAAAUUCCGAGGAAAAGCGUCACACCUUCCUCGAACCGAACCACGCCUGACCCAAAUCGUAAGUCGUACAGCUCAGGGUUGUCUGUUUCUUCAAACACCAGCUAUAACUCGGCGCGAACUUCCGGAAGCUCUCUUCAAAACCGCCUGUCCCAAAAUCUAUCUUCGUCCCGACUCCCGACGCCUAAGCCACGCACAGAGCAGACAAACUCUAACGGGGAAGAGGUCCCGCCGGUUCCAGCUAUCCCCAAGGCCUACGAGUCCCCCAAAGGCGAACUGGAUGCGCCUGUUUUCCCCGCGCCCAGAAAAUCAAGUAUUCCUGUUGAUAUGAGCCUUCUGAACAUUAAAGACUCAGACUCGGAAGCGCACACCACCGCCCAAGUCGAAAAAGUUGACUCUACUGAAACAAAAACUCCCGAUUCGCGAUCACGAACUUCUACUGUUCUAGCAGGACGAAAGGCAUCCAAGGCGAAUUUCUGGUACCGUGAUGAAGAGGACCAAUUGCCCCUCACUCAAGCACGAAGCAGCACCUCUCACUUUGCCGUCAGCUCCUCAACCGCCGCUCUGCGAGCUUCUAGCAGUACCAGUGCGUUUGAGUCAUUUGACACGCCAAGUGCAGCUCGCAGCAUAUCUCCCUAUGCCUCAUACACGCUGCCCAAGAGUGGCGCCGAACUCAAUCAUCUCCGCCACCAGGUCAGCGCCGACUACUCGAAUCGGACGCAAGCACACAAGUUGAAUGGUCCACGACCUCAAACGCAAAGCGCCAUUUUCACUCCAGCCCCAGAACGGCUCAGCCAGAUAUCGACACCCUCAGAUCCUGAGAGUGCCACUGUCACUGCGUCCGGCACCUCUCUUCGGGACCGGCUUAAGGUGGCACGGCUUCGCAGCAACUCGAAGCCCCAAAAGGCAGAAGUCGAUGCUGACCCAACCAAGUACAAUCAUAUGCCGCCGCCUAAACUUCCAGCCUCUGCAACAUGGAACAACUUGUCUUCGGUCAACUCGACAAGCCCUAAUCCCAAGCCGUCGUAUCUCAACCCCCGCCGACAGUCUUCUGUUUCAAGUAUAACCAAUCCCACGACUCGGAAACCAAGUGUCUGCAGCGAGAAAAGUCUCGCCCUGGAGCCAACUCCGUCCAAUGAGUCGGGCGAAAGCGACCGCUCUAGACGCGUGCAGAGCACGUACAUCUCUCCUGUCCACAAGAUGAUCAAUAACGCUAGAUCUAGUGUUGCGGCUGCUUCCAGGCCUAUCGACAGCACUGUUGAUCCAGAUGUGGCGAUUGCAGAUGAAGAGAUGAAGCGACUUGGAUCUAAACGCAAAGACUUUGAAAAGGCGGCGCGUGUGCUAGACGACUUGCGCCGCAAGGCUGGUCCAAAGGAUCGUGUCAGUCCGGCCCAGGCCUUGAAGAUGGCAACGCUCAACAUCUUUGAACGCGGUGAGAUCAUUGAUUAUCGCGAUAUUUACUUCUGCGGUACCCACACUGCUAAGAAACAUGUUGGAGAUCUCCAUUCCAGUGCAGCAAACUUUGGGUACGAUGAUGACCGUGGUGAUUAUAACAUUGUCAUCGGCGACCAUCUAGCUUACCGAUACGAAGUUGUUGAUGUUUUGGGCAAGGGUAGUUUUGGCCAGGUCGUGCGAUGCGUCGACCACAAGACUGGGGCUCUGGUUGCGAUUAAAAUAAUUCGCAACAAGAAGCGGUUCCACCAACAAGCCCUGAUUGAGGUUAACCUCCUACAAAAAUUGAAGGAAUGGGAUCCUCAUGGCAAGCAUAGCGUGGUCAACUUUACCCAAAGCUUCUAUUUCCGUGGCCAUCUGUGUAUUUCAACCGAACUCCUUGGCAUGAAUCUUUAUGAAUUCAUCAAGGCCCAUGAAUUCCGGGGCUUUUCAUUGAAGCUGAUCCGUGUUUUCACCAAGCAAAUGCUGAGCAGUCUCGUGCUGUUGCAUGCCAAGAAGGUCAUUCACUGUGACUUGAAGCCCGAAAACAUUCUUCUUGUUCAUCCGUUGAACUCCGAAAUUCGAGUCAUCGACUUUGGUUCAAGUUGCUUUGAGAAUGAAAAGGUCUAUACUUACAUCCAAAGUCGCUUCUACCGUUCGCCAGAGGUCAUCCUCGGAAUGUCGUACGGCAUGCCGAUAGACAUGUGGAGUUUGGGUUGCAUUUUGGCUGAGCUAUUCACCGGCUAUCCCAUUUUCCCAGGAGAGAAUGAGCAAGAACAGCUUGCUUGUAUCAUGGAAGUUUUUGGUCCUCCGGAAAAGCAUCUCAUUGAGAAGAGCUCACGCAAGAAGUUGUUCUUUGAUUCUCUCGGCAAGCCGCGUUUGACUGUUUCAUCCAAGGGACGUCGACGUCGUCCAAGCACCAAGGAGCUCCGACAGGCUUUGAAAUGUGACGAUGAAGCCUUCCUUGACUUCAUUACUCGCUGCCUUCGCUGGGAUCCUGCUCGUCGUAUUUCGCCUCAUGACGCCCUGAAACACGAGUUCCUCACUGGUGUCAAACCCCCCCGGCCCAGAAUGUAUACAUCAAACUCGCCCUCCAAGCGGGGCGUGUCGUCUACAGCUCGUCCUCUCCCUGACCCUCCAGGCACAGCACCAAAGAGCGGGUUCAUGCGUGCUCGCGAUGUCUCAGCCAAUUCCCCGGUCAAGGGUAGCGGCAAACGACACUCGACCGUGAACGGUCCUCCGUCCAGCCCCAGCAAGCGAGGAUCCAGCAACUCUACUACUGUUGGGUCCGCGCUCCCUCGCGUUUCGGCGCGGAGUAUCAGCGGGAAGCCAGACCUCGCUACUGCGGCGGCUGCGACAAGCCUGGUGAGUUAG